GCGCCCCGGGCCGCUUAGCCCGCAGGACCCCCGCACCCCCGCCCCUCAGCCCGUCUUCCGCACAACCCCCGGCCGCUUCUGUGACGGGCGUCCCGAGGCCGCGGGCUCCGGGUUCCGGCGAGUCAGCUGUUUGUGCCCAGGGCGCGGGGAGGAGCUCCGGGCGCGCGCGGCGGUGAACGCCCGACCUACGUGCUCGCUCACCUCGCGACCGCGGCGCGCGAGCCGGUGUCCCCGCGGCGGGCGGCAGCAGGGGCGGAGGGAGCCCGCGGACAUGGCGGAGACCGUAGCGGACACCCGGAGGCUGAUCACCAAGCCGCAGAACCUCAAUGACGCCUACGGGCCCCCCAGCAACUUCCUCGAGAUCGACGUGAGCAACCCGCAGACCGUGGGCGUCGGCCGGGGCCGCUUCACCACCUACGAGAUCAGGGUCAAGACAAAUCUACCUAUUUUCAAGCUGAAGGAAUCCACUGUUAGAAGAAGAUACAGUGACUUUGAAUGGCUGAGAAGUGAAUUAGAAAGAGAGAGCAAGAGACAACCAGAAAUUGAGAAGGAAAGAGGCAAUGGGCGGGGGGGGGGGGGGGGGAGGGGAGACAGACACACACACACACCUGGUAGCCUUGAAAAGCUUCCCCCCUGCAGGUCGUGGUCCCCCCGCUCCCUGGGAAGGCUUUUUUGCGUCAGCUUCCCUUUAGAGGAGACGAUGGAAUAUUUGACGACAGUUUUAUUGAAGAAAGAAAGCAAGGACUGGAGCAGUUUAUAAACAAGGUCGCUGGUCAUCCCCUGGCACAGAACGAACGUUGUCUCCACAUGUUUUUACAGGACGAAAUUAUAGAUAAAAGCUAUACUCCGUCUAAGAUAAGACAUGCUUGAACUUUAACAAGAAGAAGCAAGGAAAGAAAAAAAAAAAACUUUCUGUGACUUUUAUUGAUUGAUGUGCACCAGUGAAGAAGUCCUAGCUGACUGCAUGCAGCACAGAGACUGGUAUAACACGCCUUCCGUAUACUAACACUCAUGCGCUCAAGUUUGCUUGGUUUGCUUCUGGCAGUUGCCGAGAAGUUCAUUUGCUUUAGUGAAAAACCCCUCAUUCUAGCCUUCCUGUCCGAAUAGCUCCUCCUCACACUUUCAUUGUAGCGCACACCAUAACCUCACGAACCUGUUAGCCCAGCGUAUUCAGCAGUGUCCUAACUAAAGCUACUGACGUGGUCUUACCUGCACAA